AUGAAAGCGUUCGAACAAGGUCUGCUCUCAUUCGAUGCUUUACGAGACGAGGACAUCUUCGAAAUUCAGCACCACCAUCUGUUGCAGUGCUUGGAGAAGGCAACGGAGCGAGAAUUUGUCGAAAGUGAUGUGGCGUUCGACGGCGGUCACUCGACGCCGCCCAUCUCUGAAACAUCGUCGCUAAGCAGCGUGAAAAAGUCAAAACGUCGACGAAAGUGGUGUGCUUUGUUGGUAAUGCUAACCCUCUUCAAAGAAGUGAAAUCAUCAAAAUUCAGGUGUUGCGGAAAAGAAGAAGACGAGACAACGGAAGAAGAUGAACGACCAACCUAG